GCUCAAACUGUCGCAAGGGGACAACCGGAAGAUGGAUGAGGAAUUUGGAGAGGAAUGGCGUGCCUUUGGUAGCCGAGUCGAACCCGUGGAUAAGAUGUCAUUCAUGAUUCGCCGUGAUUACGGGUCCUGGCUUGAGGAAGCAACGUGGGAUGCAUACUUGUUCGUGGCCAUCAAACACGGGUUGAUCGACUAUCGACAGCUCUGCAAAGAAGCCAUGACCGCCUUCCUGAAGAAUUCUCUGGAUAGCAACGUCUAUAACCGGCAUAUGUGGCGCAAAGGCGACGUUUUCCAGUGCUGGGACGGAAUCCAAUCCGAUGACCCGACGCUGCGGACUCUGGUGUCAGAGAAGCUCCCAGCUAUCUGGGAUGAUGUGCGCGGCCCCACACUUUGGAAGGCCGCUAACUCCAAUAAGCUUUGGAGAGCAUCUACUGACAUGAUUUGGUCCUUUUGCCUUGUUGCAGGAUGCCCGGAAGGGGAUAGAGAUGAUCCUUUCAAGAGCUUGGAAAUAUUAAGAGAGUAAAUCAGCCGCCAAUUCAUAUACACCGCCGAUCUCCACAACACGAUAUCGGAACUCAACAAACAGGUCAUAGU